AUGGGUGGCCCACCAGGAGUGAGUAAAAUGAUACGAAAAGCAAUACCUCAACACAAAUCAGGACCUGUCAUCGCAGUCAAGUUCAUCAACAAAGACCACGCCUUCAAAGCCGGACGAUUACGACCCAAACAGCUCCAGAUCGAGCUGUCACUCCACAAAAACGUCUCGCCUCAUCAUAACAUCAUCAAAUACAUUCACCAUGGCGAAGAUGAGCGGUGGGUGUGGCUGGCACUCGAGCUGGCCGAAGGUGGGGAUCUGUUCGACAAGAUUGAGGCGGACGAAGGAGUGGGAGAGGAUGUCGCACACUUCUACUUCACACAGCUCGUGAGCGCGAUUAGCUGGUGUCAUGGAAAGGGCGUGGCGCAUCGAGACAUCAAGCCAGAGAAUAUGCUAUUGAGCGCAGAAGGGGAUUUGAAACUCGCAGACUUCGGCUUGGCUACACAAUUCCUCGAGCCCAAAACCGGCAACAGGAAGGUAUGUGGCAUGGUCUGUGGCAGUCCACCAUACAUCGCGCCUGAGAUCAUUGCAGUCGGCAACACGAACCAGAAGCGCAAGAAUGGCGAAGACAAGGUAGGCUACGAUCCAGAGAUCGCGGAUGUCUGGUCGUGCGCGAUCGUGCUGUUCGUGUUGCUCAUCGGUAACACUCCAUGGGACUCACCUGUCAUGGAGGAGAGCUAUGAAUAUCACGACUACGUCACCUCGAAGGGCAGGCCAAGCGAUGAGCUCUGGCAGAACGUACCUGCAGAAUCGCUCAGCCUUGUGCGCGGCAUGCUCAACACAGAUCCUAAAGAUCGCUUCACACUCGACACUGCCAAAAAGCACCCAUGGUACACAAGACCGAAUGAACACAUCAACCACAAGGGGCGAGCAGCCAAUCCGGUAGCACUUGCGACGCAGAUGCUCGAGUCUCUGCACAUCGACUUUGCUGCGCCUGUACAAGCUUCACAGCGAGGGAGGCGUCGGAGACAGUCACAGGGCGAUGCUAUGGACAUCGACGGCGUGCAGCCCGGCCAUUUCGCAUCUACGCAGCCCGAAACACCUAUCGCGGAUGUUCCCUUCGACUGGGAAGCACCACCACGGCUAGGAGCUGCAGGAAUUUCAGCAUCUCAGCCCCUGACUAUCCACGACCAAACUGCAGCAGCCGCAACGACGAGUGCGAGAAACGCAGGCGUCGAUAUACAGGAUCUUUUCUCCGAAGAUCCAUCCAUGUCGCAGUUCUCCGCCACGCCUUCCGUGCCAUUGACACUAACCCAAGUAGCACGGCAAUUCAACCACAUCGUGCCAGCGCACUCCUUAGCGCGGUUCAUGUCUCUGCUCACGUUCGGACAGCUACUUCCGAUGCUUAUGUCUGCGCUGCAUAGGCUCAAUAUCCCCGCUGUACCACCUAGUCAGGCGGCUUUAGACGGCCGUGAGCAGACUGUCCCGAUACGAAUUAAGACUCUGGACGCUAGGCAUCAGCUUUUGCAAGGCAAUGUGCUCGUCGAGAAGAUUCGUCUACAAGGGAAUGCUGCCACGGGGACUGGCGGAGUAGAGGUGCUCGAGGUGAGAUUUAUUAAAGCCAAGGGAGAUCCUUUAGAGUGGAGAAGACUGUUCAAGCAGGUUGCAGUUUUAUGUAAGGAUGGCAUUGUUGGUGCUGGGCAGCAGUAAUAGGGCGCGGCGCCGGAUCGGGAAGACACGCGUCAGGAGGGCCCCAAAUCUAAUACCGCAUGCACGGUGCAGGCUGGGCUAGACCCACAUACCGCUAGCCUGCCGCAACGGACUCGGUGAGAUGUGGUCGUCCGCUCCGUGGUACGCGUGACCGUAGAGAACGUGAUCUCGUCGUCGCCGCGCGUCGCGGUUGCUAGGUCGACGGUAAGGGUAGUAGUAGUAGUAGUAGUAGUAGUAUAGUGCGAUUCCCGCUAGCAUACUAAACAUCGAGAAU